AUGGCGCAUCAAGAGUCAGAGCCUGAGGAGGCCAUCACCAAGGAGGAAAUUCACAGUGAAGAUCCACCAAAGAAGGCAAAUCGUAAUGCUUUCGCAGAACUUAUGGCACCAAAGAGAAAGACGCCGCCAUCAACAGCGGCUCGUCCUUCUAGAGCUGGAAACCCCUUUAGAGAUCGGAUGGGCUUAGGCGCAUACCUGGAGGAUCCAGCCUCAUAUCCGUCUUCUCGCGUCAUCUAUCACAACGACGACUUUGUAGCUAUAAACGAUCGCUAUCCAAAGGCAACUAUCCACACUCUUCUUCUGCCCCGCUCUACAAAGUAUAACCUUCUUCAUCCCUUCGAAGCACUGGACGAUCCAGAGUUCCUUGCCAGCGUAAGAGCAGAGACUGAGCGCCUCAAGGCUCUCGUCGCAAAGGAGCUGCAGCGUCGUCUCGGCACACACAGCGAGAGCGACGCUCACCGACAAGCCGUGCUCGAUGGAGACGCCGAGCCGGACAAGAGCGGGGAGCUUCCAGCAGGUCGGGACUGGGCGGCCGAAGUCAAGGCCGGGGUGCAUGCGGUGCCAAGCAUGAAGCAUCUUCACGUGCAUGUGCUUUCGCGAGACAUGUUCUCAGAGGCGUUGAGACAUCGCAAGCAUUAUAACUCGUUCAACACGCCGUUUCUGGUCGACCUGGAUGAUUUCCCGCUUCCAGCCGACGAUGGGCGGAGACAUACCAAGGAGGAGGCGUAUCUGCAGUGGGAGAUGAUGUGUUGGAGAUGUGAGCGAAACUUUGGAAAUCGGUUUCGGGAACUUAAGAUUCACAUUACGGAAGAGUAUGAGACGUGGAAGAAGCUGUAA